UACAUUUAAAACUUUGACGGACUCGCUGGUGUAACUCGGACAUUAGUGCUCGGCUGUAGCAGCAGCAGCAGCGGCCGGGUUGUGGAGCCAUGCGGCGGAGCAAGGCUGAAGUGGACCGCUACGUGUCCUCCGCGCUGAGCUCCUCGCCCUCCCUCAAAGAGAAGCCAAUCAAGGGUUUUUUAUUUGCCAAAUUGUACUCUGAGGCAAAGGAGUAUGAGCUGGCUAAAAGACAUGUUUCAGAAUAUCUCAAAGUCCAGCAGAGGGAUCCUAAAGCACACAGAUACCUUGGACAGCUUUACGAGAGAGAGGGAGACAUUGGCAAGGCCGUAGGAUGUUACAAGCGGUCGGUGGACUUGAACCCUGCCCAGGGGGACCUGGUGUUGAAGGUGGCUGAGUUACUGGUCAGUAAGGAGGAAUUUGAUGGCAAAGCAGAAUUCUGGGUGGACAAAGCUGCCAAGCUGCUGCCAGGAAACCCUGCUGUCUUCAACCUGAGGGAGCGCCUCCUGAGUCGUCAGGGUCAGCAGGGUUGGAACCGGCUGUUUGACCUCCUCCAGGCUGAGCUGGCAGCGAGGCCGGCUGAUGCACAUGUGAACGUGAAGCUGGUUCAGCUCUUCUGUCAGGAUGGUCGACUGGAUGAAGCCAUCAAGCAUUGCCUCGCUGCUGAGACAAGGGGCUUGCUAAGCCACAGUCUGGACUGGUACAGAGUGGUGGUGCACACUCUGCAGGAAUAUUUGUCUCAGCCCAAUGUUGCCAGUAAUGAAAAGUUGUUUCGGCAGUGCCAGAGGGAGCUGCUAUUGGCACACUGUAACCUGCUGAAAAUCACACUGUCUGAGAGCAGUGUGCAGCCCAGCUGUGACACACUCAAGAGUUUUGAUCAGGCUAUGCAGUCACUGAGCAGCAUUGCGGGCUGCCAUGCAGAUGAUCUUUGUGAGGUGUUUGUGGAGAUGAGAGGUCACCUCUACCUUCAUGCUGCAACACUGCUGGUGAAGCUGGCCCAAGACCGCCAGCAGACCUGGAGGGUUGUCAUUGACAUGGCUGCACUGUGCUACCUCCUAGCAUACCAGGUCUCCAGACCAAAGCCUAAAGUUACCAAAAGAGACCAGUCAGCCCCACCGCUUCUGGAGCUGCUGGCAAACGAUCGACAGAGUCAGGCUGGACACAUGUUGCUCAAUCUGAGCACUGAUUUAACCAUCUUAAUAAGAGAGGUGGUUGAGGUAUUUGGAAACCGCAGUGGUCAGGAUGCGCUGUUCGAAUUGCUAUUUGGACCCCAGGCCUCCGCUUCAUCUUCAUUUAUUGCCAAUGAUGACAUUCGUUCCAUCAACACCACGGGUCCAGAGCUCUCUCAACUGGCCUUAUGGGACACUGGGUCCAUCCUUCUACAUGGUGGUGACCUGCAACAUCUGAGCUGGUUGGGGCUACAGUGGACUCUUCUGGCCCAAAGACCAGCACUGAGAGAUUGGCUAGCGCUGCUCUUUCCGAGGUUAACCCUGGAAACAUCCAAACUAGACACAAAUGCACCAGAGUCCAUCUGCCUUCUGGACCUGGAGGUGUUUUUAUAUGGUGUGGUGUUCUGUAGCCACUGUCAACUCCAGGAAACAGCGAAAAUCAGCAGUUCAAUGAACCAGCAGCAGCAGCAGCAACAACAGCAGCUCUAUGAGCCUCGCUGCCUCCCACUUCCUCUCCUUCGCCUUCUGACCACUGACAGACAGAGGGAGUGGUGGGACGCCCUCAACAGCCUUAUUCAUAAACAGGCAUCCACCGGAAUGUCUGGCAAGCAGCGAAUGAUUGUGCAACAUGGACUGAGCUCUCUGAGAGCCGGAGAGAAACAUGGGCUUCAACCAGCCCUCGCCAUCCACUGGGCACAGUGUCUCAGCCAGACGGGUGAUGGAGUGAACUCGUACUAUGACCAAAAGGAGUACAUUGGUCGGAGUGUGCACUACUGGAAAGUCGCCCUCCCACUGUUGGAAAAGAUCAAAAACAGACGUGGCAUACCUGAACCCCUUCAACCCCUCUUCAUGCACUUUCCCUCCAAAGAUAUUCAGAUUUCUUCUGUGAAGGGUUAUGAAGAGGAAUUCAAGAUAGCGUACGCAGCUCUUCUUGAGAUUGAGGGGAGGACGGAGGAGGCCAUCGCUACCUUGGAAACCAUCAAUAACAUGUCAUCCUUCUGGCAUUUGGCUCAGAUUUACCAGCGGCUCUCAGAGGAGGCCAGUAAUGGGGUUGAGGAGACCCAAGACAGGUGCAUCACUUUCCUGAGAAAGUUCAGGACCUAUCUGUCUAAGAUCUACAAUGCCAACGCCGACGACAUUGAGAAGCUGCCUGUGUCCAUGGAGGAAAUUGUGGACCUCCUGAAUGAUGUGAACCAACAGCUGGGGGAGAGUGGAGAGACCAUAGAUGAAGAGGAGGUUCAAAGAGGACCAGUGCACUCUAGUCCUGCUCAUCCCAUAGAAACCAGUGCCACAAUAUCCCACAUUAAGUUUUCCAGUCCUUCUCCAAACAAAAGCAUAGUCUCUCCUUCCAAAAGACUGAUUUCUCCCAAGAUGCAACCUCAUUGGGUGGAGGACCAGAAAAGUCUCCUUCAGAUGCUGUGUCAGCAAGUUGAAGCCCUCAAGAAUGAAGUUCAUGAUCUAAGGCACAACUCUUCAGGGAAUGCAGGCUCUCCUCAUCAUAAGAUGUAUGGGGAUAGCUAUGGGGCUGAGGGCGUACAGGAUUCUUUUACCCCAGUUCAGUCGUACCAUGGUGCCCCCCUAACAGUUACCACCACAACCCCCUCUGCUUACUACAACCAGUCUCCAGCUUUUAACUCUCAGUACCCCCUUCGCACAGCAGCAAAUGUAACCCCCACCAAGGGCCCAGUGUACGGUAUGAACCGUAUGCCACCUCAGCAGCAUAUGUAUGGUUACCAGCCGCCCACUCACACACCUCCAUUGCAAACAGCCACACCCGGCAUUUACCCUCCUCAAGAACAAGUCUUUGGCGCCCCUCUGCGAUUUGAAUCGCCAGCCACAAGCCUUCUUUCCCCAUACAGUGAAGAAUACUAUGGCCAAAGUGUAACCCAACAAACCACUAACCCUCCUCUACCUGAACCUGGCUACUUCACCAAACCAUCUGUAGUCCCUGUUCAGCCACCAAAGACCAUAGAGGGGAAGCCUAUGGACUUUGGGAAGCUGUCCUUCAGUCAACAGGCGCCUGGGGAAGUCCCCAAAGUGCCUAGUUUUGGAGCAGGGGCCGUUGCCCAGUCAACACCUUCAUCUUCGUUCAAAUUCAACUCCAACUUUAAAUCCAAUGAUGGAGAUUUCACCUUCUCUGCUUCUCAGGCUAAGCACAGUGAAAGUCUGCUUGAUCUUCUUACAUCUGACAUUCCCACUAAAACAGAUGCUGUUCCAGAAAAGCUUCCCACUCAGGAGCAGCCUACUAGCCAAACAGGCAUUUUCACCUUCGGCACCAAAGGUUCGACUAGCUUUUCCUUUGUCGAUUCUGCAGAGAGUAGCAACACUGGAAGUCUGUUUGGAAAAGGGGACCAGCCGUUUAAAUUUGGGGAUUCUGACACCGCCAAGCCAGUGUUUGGGUUAUCUAGUUACACACCAGAAGCAGAAAAAGCAGCAGAGAGUGACAAUGAGAGCAGUCAUGUUGAGGAGGAUGAGGAUGGCCCUCAUUUUGAACCCAUUGUACCUCUUCCUGAUAAAGUAGAUGUGAAAACGGGUGAGGAAGAGGAGGAGGAGAUGUUUUGCAACAGGGCAAAGCUGUAUCGAUUUGACACAGAUACAAAAGAGUGGAAGGAGCGAGGUAUUGGAAAUGUUAAAAUCCUAAAACACAGCACUAAGGGGAAAGUCCGCCUCUUAAUGAGAAGGGAACAGGUCCUCAAGAUCUGUGCCAAUCACUACAUCAAUGCUGAUAUGCUACUAAAACCCAAUGCAGGCUCUGACAAAUCCUGGGUCUGGAAUGCCAUUGAUUAUGCAGAUGAAGAACCUAAGCCAGAGCAGCUGGCCAUCCGCUUUAAAACAGCAGAUGAAGCAUCACUUUUCAAAGCCAAGUUUGAGGAAGCCCAGAAAAUUGUCCUUGAAUCACCAGAAGAGCACAGUCAAGUGAUUGAGAAAGAGGAGAGCAUCAAAGAUUCUCCAUCACUCGCAGCCCAAUUUGCCCCUAAACAAGAUGAAUGGGAAUGCAAUGCAUGCUAUGUAAGAAAUAAACCCACAGACGUUCGGUGUGCUGCAUGUCAAACUGCCAAUCCCAAUUCUUCAUCAAAACCAGACAUGCAGGCUGGUGGUGACGCCAAACCAAGUCCAUUUAGUUUCAAAUUUGGCACAGAUUCAUCAAAACCCAGUAGUGCUAGCUCUCCAUUUACUGGAUUUGGUGCUUUUGGAGCAUCUAUACCCUCUUCAUUUACCUUUGGGACCAGUUCCUUAAAACCCGCUGACACAGUAACAAGCGCGUUUGGUUCUGGCUUUGUAGCCUUGGCUAAAUCAACAGCAGCAGCACAAACCACACCAACUGCGGAUGCACCUGAAGUGGAGCCCUCUACAUGUCAUGUGGACUCUGGGUUUGGUGCCAAGUUUGGGAAGAAGACUGGGCAGUGGGAUUGUGACAUAUGCGAAGUAAGAAAUGAUGCCUCUGCUAACAAAUGUGUUGCUUGUAGUAGCCCAAAUCCUGCUGCUAAAUCCACAGGGGGGCCUUCACUAUCAUCAAUUCUGCCAGCGGUGUCAGGUUUCGGAUCUGUUUUUGGAAAGAAGGAUGAACAGUGGGACUGUGACGCCUGCCUGGUCAGAAAUGAUGCAUCAACUACUGAAUGUGAUUCCUGCAAGGCCCCAAAUAAAAAUCCCUCUUUAGAAGCCAUGUUUGCCAGGAAGGAUGACGAAUGGGACUGCGACGGUUGUCUAGUGAGAAACAAAGGCUCUGACAAUAAGUGUGUGGCUUGUCAGACACCAAACCCCAACGCUAAAAGCACAAGCAGUGCUGCUCCCACAGCCUCCAGCUUCAGCUUUGCCUUUGGAUCCAAGAGUUCAUCAAGUCAGCCACCUGCAACUGGAUUCAAACUGCCGUUUGGAGCUGGCAGCUCUUUCCAGUUUGGCCACAAAAAAGAUAAAAGCUCUGCAGAUUCUUUCAAGUUUGAAACUCCACAGUCUGGAUCUAGUAGCACAAGUGCUGCAGGCUUCUCUUUCUCAGUUCCUAAUGCAGGUGGUGGCUUCAAGUUUGGCAUUCAGGAUACUGCCUCAACUGAUGAGCCAACACCUCCAUCUGGGUCAGCCUCCAGCUUUCUUAAAAGCAUAGCCGACAAACACAAUGAGAAACAAGAUGUGUCUACACCUUCAGAGGACCAAACGGAACAAGACCAAAAUCCAUUAUUUACCGGAAAACCUAAUACAUUCAGUUUUGCUGACCUGGCACAGUCCUCAGAAAUCCAGUUUAGCGAGAAAGACCCAGAUUUUAAAGGUUUCACUGGGGCCGGUGAGCAGAUGUUUUCAUCGUUACAGGCAACCCCUACUAAGACGGUUGCCUCUAAUGAACUGGAGGAUGAUGACAUGUAUAAAACAGAGGAAAAUGACGAUAUUCAGUUUGAACCAGUGGUUCAGAUGCCUGAUAAGGUGGAUCUGGUGACAGGGGAGGAGGAUGAACUGGUUCUUUACUCUCAGCGUGUCAAACUGUUCCGAUUUGACACCAGUCAAUGGAAGGAGCGUGGUGUAGGCAUACUCAAAUUUUUGAAAAACACCUCAAAUGGCAGACUCAGGGUACUCAUGAGAAGAGAGCAGGUUCUGAAGGUGUGCGCCAACCACUGGAUCACCACCACCAUGAAUCUUAAGCCCUUGGCAGGGUCAGAUAAAGCAUGGAUGUGGCUGGCCAAUGACUUUGCUGAGGGAGAUGCUAAACUUGAACAGUUAGCUGCAAAGUUUAAAACCACAGAGCUGGCUGAGGAGUUUAAAGUGAAGUUUGAUGAGUGUCAGAGGCUCCUUUUGGACAUCCCCUUGCAAACCCCCCACAAGCUGGUUGACACAGGCAGGACUGCACAUCUCAUUCAGAAAGCAGAGGAAAUGAAGACUGGUUUGAAAGACCUGAAAUUCUUUUUGACAGAUGAGAAAACCAAGAUCAAAGAUGAUGACAAACAGGGAGAUAUAACAUCCAGCAAUGUUUCAAACCUUGUAAUCAAGGGUCACGGUGAAACCACUGGUCCCACCUUGGAGUGGGAUAACUACGACCUACGAGAAGAUGCUUUAGAUGAUACUGCGGACUCAGUCUAUGCCUCCCCCAUCACAAGUAGCCCCUUGAGAAAGAACCUGUUCCGCUUCGGAGAAUCCACUAGUGGGUUCAACUUCAGCUUCCAACCUGGCAUCAGCCCGUCCAAGUCUCCUGCUAAACCUAACCAGAGCAGAACGUCAGAGGGUACUGACGAUGAGCAGGAUGUAACCCAGGAUGAGGAGAGGGAUGGCCAGCACUUUGAGCCUGUAGUCCCCUUGCCUGAUCUGGUGGAUAUUUCAACAGGAGAGGAAAAUGAGCAGGUGGUCUUCUGUCACAGGGCCAAACUGUAUCGCUACGAUAAGGAGCUGGGUCAGUGGAAGGAGAGGGGAAUCGGGGACCUCAAGAUCUUGCAGAAUUUGACCACCAAACAAGUGAGGUUGAUAAUGAGGAGAGACCAGGUACUUAAGAUAUGUGCCAACCACUGGAUAUCAGCAGCCAUGAAGCUGGAGCCUAUGAAAGGCUCUGAGAAGGCCUGGGUGUGGAGUGCCAUGGACUUUGCUGAAGAAGGAGAGGGUACUAUUGAGCAGCUGGCUGUGAGGUUCAAGCUGCAGGAUUCUGCAAACGCAUUCAAAGAGGUCUUUGAAGAUGCCAAGGUCGCUCAAGAAACCAAGGAAAUUAUGACUCCAGUGACUUCUGUAGUUCCCACAUCUCCAGACACUGCAUCCGCAGGAUCUGCAAAGACUGCAACAGCUGUAUGUGGGAAGGCAGCCAUCGCUGUUCUAGAGGAGACCACAAAAGAACGUACAGAGCUUUUCCCCGACAUUGAGCCAUGUUCACCCAUUUCUCCGGGUCCAGACUACUCCUCGAAGACGGUGGUGUCUCCUCCUAAGUUUGUUUUUGGCACUGGUAGCCUUCAGAAGAUUUUUGGCUCCCCGAGAUCUCCCUCUGAGGGUGAGGACUCUGCAUCCGGUUUGAAAGCCAAAGAUGCUGGACAUCCUUCACCUGCAUCACCUGCAUUCAAAGUCCCAGAGAAAGGGCCCUCACAGGCAGAGGAAGGUGGUGCAGGGUCAGAUGAGGACUCAGAAGUGGAGAUCGUGUAUGUCAGGGAACCCACUGCUGAACAGGCUGCUUUAGCCAGGGAGCUCCUGCUGCCACUCACCUUCUUCUGCUACCAGAACAAACCAGGAUACGUCAGCGAUGAUCAAACUGACGACGAGGACUUUGAGUCCGCAGUAAAAGCCUUGAAUGGAAAGCUCUACCCCGAUGCUCGUGAGAAAGGGGCUUCAGCGUGUAGUGAUGCCCUUAUCUUGAGUGAGCCGCCUUCAGAGGCAGACUGCCAGGUGGUGUGGGAGAAGAAGCCAACGCCGCAGGAAGAGGAGAAGGCCAAAAGCCUCUUGCUUCCACCCAAUUUCUUCUGUGGCCUGAGCACCACAGACAGUGAUACUGACUACGACAAGACGGAGGACUUUGAGACAGAAGUCCGCAAAGCACAGCGAGAACUGGAUGCCCAGUUAAAUACAGGAGCAGAAGCCCCCAGCAGCUCUGCAGUUUCCCUAGAAGGGGAGACACCAGCUCCGUCAUCCAGCAGCUCAGACACUGCAGGCAACACGUCUACGCCACAGGAGCCGACCCCGGAGCAGCCAGUGGAGACUUGUAGUCAAACUCCCAGCAGCACCACCAUCAGCAGCAGCAGCUGUCCCAUCGACCUGUCAAGAAAGAAAAGCUCAGAGCCGGAGUCCAACACUGAGGCGACAGCUCCUGCCACUUCUACUACAACUGGUCAAGACCUCUCCAGCUUUGGCUUCAAAGAUGUUAGUGGCUUCUCAUUUGCGGCCUUGGCCCAAACGACAGAUGGUUUUGCAUUUGGAUCUACAGACUCCAACUUCUCGUGGGCAAAUGCUGGAGCGUCAGUGUUUGGGUGUGCAGUGCCCUCCGCACCAAAGAAGACUGGAGAAGAGGAGGGCACUGAUGAUGAGGAGUCUGGGGACAUUCAUUUUGAACCAAUAGUGUCUCUACCAGAGGUAGAGACAAAGUCUGGAGAGGAGGACGAGGAAAUUCUGUUUAAGGAGCGUGCCAAGCUGUACCGAUGGGACAGGGACCUCAGUGCGUGGAAAGAGCGCGGAGUAGGAGACCUCAAGAUCCUCUUCCACCCGUCCAAACAUUUCUACCGAAUCCUGAUGCGGCGAGAGCAAGUGCUGAGGGUUUGUGCAAACCACAACAUCACGGAGGCCAUGGAGCUCAAACCUAUGAACGCCUCAGCUAACUCGCUGAUAUGGACCGCUACCGACUACUCAGAUGGCGAUGGUGAAGUCGAGCAGCUGGCGGCCAAGUUCAAAACCGCUGAGAUAGCAGAAUCGUUCAAGAAGACCUUCUGCGAGUGUCAGAACCGAAUAGCCCAGAGCGGCGACGAUGACUCGUCUGUCUCGUCACCACAGAUGUCUAGAAUUCAAGAGCACUCCAGAGACAGUAACCCGCAGGUGUUCCUCAAAGUGUCAGCCAACGACCAAACGCUGGGAACCAUCACCAUAGAGCUCUUCUCCCAUAUUGUGCCCAAGACGGCAGAGAACUUCAAGGUUCUCUGUACCGGGGAGAAAGGCUUCGGACUGCGGAACUCAGUCUUCCACCGAGUCAUACCGGACUUCAUGUGUCAGGGUGGUGACUUCACAAAAGGAGACGGCACAGGAGGCAAGUCCAUCUACGGCAGCAAGUUUGAGGAUGAAAACUUCGACGUUCGGCAUACGGGCCCAGGAAUCCUGUCAAUGGCCAACUGUGGGCGCGACACCAACAACUCCCAGUUCUUCAUCACGCUGAAGAAAGCCGAACACUUGGACUUCAAACACGUGGUUUUUGGUUGGGUGCGGGAUGGCAUGGACGUGGUGCAACAGAUGGCGGAGCUGGGCACGAAGGGAGGCGUGCCCACAAAGAAGCUGGUCAUCACAGACUGUGGACAGCUGUAGUUUUUUUUAAUGUUCAGUUCAGGUUAUUAAGUCGAGGUCGUACAGGACUUUGGAAAACGGUGUGUUCCUAAUGUGUUCCCUUCUCUCCUGCUAAAACUCAAACCACGCUCAGCACAGGACGACUGGUCAACACCUGACUCCAGUAGCCUUGAACUAAAAGUGAUUUUUGCUUUAGACAAAAAUAAUUUCUAUUACCUUGGUGUCGUACUAUGUGGGUGCAGACUUGUUUAUUGUUUCUGUGUUGCACUUGCAUCUUUAUCAUCAUCUGUCAAUAAAUACUCCAUAAUUUGUUUA